AUGGCUCCUAAUACUGGUAUUGCGUCAGCUGGUGGUCGGUCUUUGGACCCCGCUAUGCUACAUACUGGCAAAUGGUGGAACCACAGUCAUAUUGUCAAGCUCAACUUGCUGCUCAUCAUACCCCUCAUCACCUCGUAUGCCAACGGCUUCGACGGUUCGAUGAUGAACGGUCUCCAGUCGGUCGAGCGCUGGAAAGCUUAUUUCCACUAUCCGACGGAAGAGGACCUCGGUCUCUUUAACGCCAUCCAGUCCAUUGGUGCCUUCUGCGCCAUUCCUAUCGCACCAUACGUCUCUGAUGGUCUUGGUCGCAGAAAUGGUAUUGCUGUUGGCGCCUUUAUUGUCCUCAUUGGUGCUAUCCUCCAGACGGCUACCCAGAACCUUGGCAUGUUCGUCGGUUCCCGUUUCCUCAUCGGUUUCGGAACCACCUUUGCCCAGAUGGCUUCACCCCUGCUCAUCUCCGAGGUUGCCUACCCAACUCACCGUGCUCCUCUCACCUCGCUCUACAACUCCCUCUGGUUCUCUGGCUCCAUUGUUGCUGCUUGGACGACUUUCGGUACCUUCCGCAUCAACAGUGACUGGUCCUGGCGUAUUCCCUCGGCUCUCCAGGGUCUCUCGUCGUCAGUCCAGCUCCUCUUUGUCUGGUUCCUUCCCGAGUCUCCUCGUUGGUUGAUCAACCGAGGUCGUGAUGAGGAGGCUAAGGCUAUCCUUGCCCGCUAUCACGCCGAUGGUGAUGCGUCACAUCCACUCAUUGCGUUCGAGUACAAUGAGAUUAAGGAGGCCAUCGCUCUCGAGGCUGAGGCUGCCCGCGUCUCUUGGCUCGAUCUCUUCCGCACUCCAGGCAACCGCCGCCGCAUGAGGAUCAUCCUCGGUAUCGGUGUCUUCUCCCAGUGGUCUGGAAACGGUCUCAUCUCCUACUAUCUCGGAAAGCUCCUCGACGGUAUUGGCAUCACAAGCUCUAACGAUCAGACCCUCGUUAAUGGCAUCCUUGCAAUCUACAACUUCAUCAUUGCCAUCUCAGCCUCUAUGACCGUCGAGAAGGUUGGACGUCGUCCACUCUUCGUCAUCUCGACCGCUGGUAUGCUUGUCUCCUAUGCCAUCAUCGCCGCAAUGUCCGCAACAUACGAGAAGACUCAGAACUCGGGGGCGGGUCGCGCGCUCCUCGCCUUUGUCUUCGUUUUCAACGGUUUCUACGCCAUUGCUUAUACUCCUCUCCUCGUCUCUUACACCAUCGAGAUUCUUCCUUUCCUCAUUCGUGCCAAAGGUCUCGCCGCGAUGAACUUCUCCGUCAUGGGUGCCAUCAUCUUCAACCAGUACACCAACCCUAUCGCCUACAGCGCUCUCAAGUGGAAGUACUAUCUCGUCUAUACGAUCUGGCUCAUGUUCGAGUUGGUCUAUGUUGGCUGGCUUUGGGCGACCGAGACCAAGGGUCGUUCGCUCGAGGAGGAUACUGCAGCCCUGUUCGACGGCGAGGACGCAGUCGCCGAGCUCAGCAAUCGGACUGGACAAGACAUGACCCAAGUCAAACACACUGGGUCGGAUUCGCAAGACGAGAAGCUCAACAUUGAGCAUUCUCAUCGCGAGGUUGCCUAA